AUGGUUUCGGACCAGUAUCUCGGCAGCAAUCAAGACGUCGCAGUCACCGGAACCACAUCGAAUUUGCUACAGAGUUGGUUAGAGUGGACAGCUUCUACCAAGGAUCAGAACUGUCAUAUGAUUGCUCAAUUUGCUAUUCCGAUCAAUCUCGGCGAUAACACCGUUGCCAAGUUGAUCCGUAUGCUGGUAUUUGGAACCCCGAGGGCCAUGACACGGCAUGACAUGGAUGUUGUCAUCGCGCAAUUCACUCAAGCUGCGCAUCUGGCUUACCAAGCUGGCUUUCAAGGUGUUGAGGUUCAUGCAGCACACAAGCGCGUCGAACUAGUUCUUCGCAUCAUCCGAUCCAUCCGAAAAGAAGUCCCCAAGACAUUCUGCGUUGGUGUCAAGAUCAAUUCCGCAGACUUCAAGGAUGAAGAGGUAAUGACUCAGAUGCUACGACAGAUCGAGUUGAUUCAGCAGGAGGAAAUCGACUACAUCAAUCUCAGUGGUGGAUCCUUCGAAGACCCUCAGAUGAUGAGCACCAAAUCAUCCCUGCAGCCAAGUUCCACCAGGUCCCGCUCAAGUAUUCGCGAGGGUUUCUUCCUUCGUACAAGUGAAAAGAUUCGUCGCAAGUUUCCUGAUCUCACACUGCUUGUGACUGGCGGGUUCAGGAGCCGGAAGGGCAUUGCUGGAGCUCUUGAUAACAACGCCUGUGAUCUAAUCGGACUUGGGAGACCAGCUGUGAAAUAUCCAGAGUUGCCAAGAAAGAUCGUGUUCAAUGAGGAUGUCAGCGAUGAUGAAGCUAGAUUUGACGUAGAAUCUGCCCCGGCCGGUGGAUGGCUGGCUUCAAAGGUCCGCUCUGUUGGAGCAGGCGUUGAGACUAAAUACUGGGUGACGGCUAUGAGUAACCUCUAA